AUGUCUCUAAUUUCCGCUCAGACUGUCGCCGAGCACUCCACUGCCUCAAGCUGCUGGAUCAUUGUUCACGGCAAAGUGUACGAUGUUACGGAGUUUCUGCCUGAACACCCCGGCGGCAGCAAAAUCAUCCUGAAGUAUGCUGGUAUUGAUGCGACUGUAGCAUACGACCCAAUUCACCCUCCUGAUGCCAUUACGACCCACCUUCCCAAAGAUAAGCACCUUGGCGCCGUGGACCCGAGCACUGUGGUCAAGGUGGUCAAGGAAGUCACUGCCGAGGAGAAAAAACGUCAAGAGUUAAUGGCGGCCCGACCCUCCUUGGAUGAAAUCGUCAAUCUGCAUGACUUCGAAGCUGUUGCAAAAGUCAUCCUCCCUGCCAAAGCAUGGGCCUACUAUUCUUCGGCAUCUGAUGAUGAGAUAACCAUCCGCGAGAACCGUGCCGCAUACCAGAGAAUUUGGUUCCGUCCUCGUAUUCUUCGUGACGUCUCUGUUGUGAAUUGGUCAACAACCAUCCUCGGUCGGAGAUCCUCGCUUCCAGUAUACAUCUCUGCUACAGCACUUGGCAAGCUUGGCCAUCCAGAUGGAGAACUCAACUUGACCAGAGCAGCGGGCAAGCAUGGUGUUAUCCAAAUGAUCCCGACGCUUGCGUCUUGCGCAUUCGAUGAGAUCGUUGAUGCUGCUGCCCCCGGCCAGGUCCAAUUCUUGCAGCUCUAUGUUAACCGUGACCGGGAGAUCACGAGGAAGUAUGUCCAACACGCUGAGAAGCGUGGUGUGAAGGGCCUCUUCAUAACUGUCGAUGCUCCCCAGCUCGGUCGCCGCGAGAAGGAUAUGCGCAUGAAAUUCGUUGACGAGUCCGGGGUUGCGAAAGUCCAAGAAAACGAGUCCGGAGUCAAGAAGGAUGAGGGUGUUGCCCGGGCCAUCUCGGUAGUCUUUAUCGACCCUUCCUUGUCGUGGAAGGACAUUCCCUGGUUCAAGAGCAUCACAAAUAUGCCUAUUGUCCUGAAGGGUGUUGCUACUCCCGAAGACGCACUCAUGGCUUACGAUUAUGGUCUUGCUGGAAUUGUUCUGUCUAACCACGGUGGCCGUCAACUUGACACGGCUCGCUCCGGUGUUGAGAACCUAAUUGAGGUUGUUGCCGCUCUCAAGACCCGUGGCCCGUGGCCCAACCCCAAAUUCGAAGUCUUCGUCGACGGUGGCGUCCGAAGAGCCUCCGACGUUCUCAAGGCUAUUGCCCUUGGUGCAUCUGCCGUUGGUGUCGGACGCGCAUUCAUGUACUCCUUCUGUGCUUAUGGACAGGACGGUGUUGAAAAGGCCUUCCAAAUCUUCCGGGAUGAGUUGGAAAUGACCAUGCGCCUCCUUGGCGCUCGCACCAUAGAUGACUUGACACCUGAAAUGGUCGACGCAAGCGCGCUUCACUCACAUGUUGGCCUGACUCCAACAGAUAACCUCUAUAACACUACAUAUCAACCCCUGGCCCUCGCCCAGUUCAAAAACAAGCUGUAAAAUGGAUAUUGGGAGGCAUAGAGUUUUGAUCCCGCAUGAAGUUUGUACUUCAAAUUUGUUGCAUUAUUUAGUUAUACCGCAUGAUAUGGGUGACGGACGCCCUCGUCACAUAAUGUUUUCCCGUAUCCCACACAAUGGAUUCUUGUCAU